UCCGCACAUGUGCAUAGUUCACGUACAAGCUGCAGAUAUUUCUUCAAUAGGCGAAAAUACUCCCAUCUGAGACUCAACAACGCUUUGUAAAAUGUAUGACCACAUGGAGUGACCUGAGGACUACAGACGUUUUUGGCAAGUUUCAUUUGGACGGACUGUAAUUGCAUCUCGACCUUUUUUGCAGCUAUUUUAACAUGUGGCUCAGCAGCUCUACCCACCAGCACAAGUUUGUUCUUGACUGGUGCCGAAAACUGUCCAGACCAGUGUCCUCUAUGGGGCCUCCAGCAGAGACUUCCCACCUGAGCCCAGAGGACAGAAACCGGGACCCUGCGUUCAAAAGGCGCCACAGAGGGUCAAAUCCCUCCACUGCUCCACAUCACCCUGCUGUAGCUGAAAGGAUAGCAGAUCGUAAGAGGUCAUUCAAGGAUAAAUCCUCAAAGAAUGAUAUCCCACCACCACAGAAUCAUGGGAGAGGGGGAGUCUUCAAGGUAUCGUCUGAGCUUAGGAAACUGAGUCUGGAAGACUUCCCUGCAGACAAAGAGAGGCAGCUGAGACCAAAGCAAGAAGAUACAGCUGAUGUUGUCUUUGGCAUUGCUCCUUGUCUCCUGGCUCUCACUCAGGGGAGAAGGAAGGUCUACCAACUGUUGGUUAAAGAUGGUGAGACCUCUCUGAGGGCCUCUGUCUUAUCGGUAUGUGAGGAAGCACAUCGGCGAGGGGUACAAGUCAGUCGGGUCAGCAAGAAGGAUCUGGACAAGAUGUCCUCUGGAGGAGUACAUCAGGGAGUAUGUCUGCGAGCCAGUCCCCUGAACUUUCUCACCUUUGACUCUGAAUCCAACACAAGUGGGCAUGGCAUCCCUCUGUGGCUGGUCCUGGAAAGAAUCCAGGACCCGAUGAACCUGGGCGCCAUCCUGCGCUCUGCUUAUUUCCUCGGCGUGGACAGGGUGAUCAGCAGUCUUCGCCAUAGCUGCCCGCUGUCUCCCGUGGUCAGCAAGGCCAGCUCGGGCGUCAUGGAGGCCAUGAGGGUGUAUGGGUGUGACAGCCUGGAAGACAUGUUGAGGACGAAGGUGAAACAGGGUUGGCAGGUGGUUGGGACAGUGGGAGCAGAUCCGGAGGAGUCCCGGAUUCCUGUUGCCUCUUGUUCGGACUUUCAGGUGACGAGGCCGACGAUGCUGCUGAUGGGAAGCGAGGGGGAAGGGCUCUCCGGGAAGCUCCUCUCCGUGUGCCAAACCCUGCUCACGAUCCCAGCUGGUAGAGACUUGGCACCCGGAAUUGAGUCUCUGAACGUCUCUGUGGCCGCAGGCAUCAUGCUGCACUCUCUGCUCACAAAGUCCAGAUGUUUGUCGCAGAAGGAAAGUAGACCUUAAUGCGCUGGUAAAUAAUGUCUGGGUGAAACCUGAAAUUAUAAAGCUGGUGAUUUACUGGUAUUAUUAUCAAUAAACAUUUUCCAAAAUCUAAAA